AUGGACGGGGAAGAUCUGAUCGAGUUCGAUCCUGAGGAAGAUCUGAUCCAGUUUGAUCCUAGUCCUACUGAGGAAGAUCUGAUCGAAUUCGACUCUGAUCCUUUUGAGGAGGAUCUGAUCGACUUCGAUGCCGAUCCCAUUGAGGAGAUGAAACACCUUUGCCUACGGGAGGACUGUGUUUGUACACGUCACGGUGUUCAGAAAGAUGGCGCAACUACACUUCCAAGUACCACAAACUCCUCAUCCAAGCACCAGGCCAUCGUCUCGACCAAGUCAUUGAAGAACACUCAGUCCGACGUGCAGACAACUCACAAUACGACCAGCCCCACCGGAGUUCAGGUCGUUCUGCGAAAGAAAGCAGCCGAGAAGAAAGAAGUUGCCACAACAAAGCAAUACAAGCGAGACCCAACCGCUUGCUUGGUCGGAUUUCAUAACCACUAUUUGUGGGAAACGCUUUAUGAACCAGGCCAUCAGUGUGAUGUCUGCAAGAGGAUGCAGACCAAGCACAUCCAUACCUGCCCCAAGUGCAAUUUCAAGAUAUGCUGGGCCUGUCGAUGCGACUAUGGACUUACCAACAAGACUGCCAAGUAA